UUGUUGUAUUCCUUGUUACUGCAAAUAUCAACACAGCCAGUACUCAGCCUUAUAUUAAUCCUCAACACCACGCACAAACUCUCCAUAAAUUCUGCUUUUGUUCUUCAAUCAUCUUUCAAAAAAGACCUGCUCAAGUUUGACAUGGGUAAUUGCGGGGUAUCUUUUUCCAGAGAGGCUAAUCCUCUACUUCUAGUACCACCUCCAUCCACAAUCCUACUUGCUCAGUUGCAGCUCUACUACAGAGAUGUCAGCUACUACUAGUGGUGCAGGCAAAAGUCAAUUUUCAGAGGCUGUUAUUGAAGGUGGAGAGGAAGCAACUGCAUAUGGACAAAUUUUGGAGACAAAAAACUUGAAAGUAUUCAGUUUUGCAGAUUUGAAGCUUGCAACUAAGAACUUCAAGCCUGAUAAUUUGUUAGGGAAGGUGGUUUCGGGAAACUUUAUAAGGUUUGGAUUGAUGAGAAGACGUACUUAGUCUUCUAAAAGUUCUGUUGGAACGGUGGUUGCCAUCAAGAAAUUGAGCCCAGAAAGUAUCCAAGGGUUUGAACAAUCUCAGACAGAGGUUAACAUUUUAGGAUGACUUUCUCAUCCCAGCCUUAUCAAGCUAUUGGGAUACUGUUGGUAGGAUAAAGAGCUGCUCCUUGUGUAUGAAUUCAUGCAAAAGGGAAGAUUUAAAAAUCAUCUUUUCAGAAGAAUCCUUCCAUUAGACUAUGUUCUUGGGAUAUUCGGAUUAAAAUUGCCAUUGGAGCAGCUUGAGGACUAGCUUUUCAACAUACUUCAGAGAAGAAAGUCAUUGAGCGAAAUUUCAAGGCCUCCAAUAUACUGCUUGAUGGGGCCAGCUCAAGUUUGACAUGGGUAAUUGCUGGGUAUCUUUUUCCAAAGAGGCUAAUCCUACUACUCCUAUUACCACCUUCAUCCACAAUCCUACAAGAUCAGGGGUGUCAAACAAUUCAAGCUACACUACAGAGAUGUCAGCCACUAGUAGUAGUGCAGGCAAAAGUCAAUUUUCUGAGGCUGUUAAUGAAGGUGGAGAGGAAGCAUCUGCGGAUGGACAAAUUUUGGAUAAACCAAACUUGAAAGCGUUCAGUUUUGCAGAUUUGAAGCUUGCAACUAAGAACUUCAGGUCUGAUACUUUGUUAGGGAAAGGUGGUUUUGGGAAUGUUUAUAGAGGUUGGAUUGAUGAGAAGACAUUUGCUCCUUCUAAAAGUGGUAAUGGAAUGGUGGUUGCCAUCAAGAAAUUGAACCCAGAAAGUUUGGAAGGGUUUCAAGAAUGGCAGACAGAGGUUAACUUUUUAGGAAGACUUUCUCAUCCCAACCUUGUCAAGCUAUUGGGAUACUGUCAGGAGGAUAAAGAGCUGCUGGUUGUGUAUGAAUUCAUGCAAAACGGAAGCUUAGGUGAUCAUCUUUUCAGAAGACAUCCUUUCAUUGAACCGCUAUCUUGGAAUAUUCGGCUUAAAAUUGCCAUUGGAGUAGCUCGAGGACUAGGUUUUCUACAUAGUUCAGAGGAGAAAGUCAUUUACAGAGAUGUCAAGACCACAAAUAUACUGCUUGAUGAGUACUUCAAUGCGAAAUUAGGGGACUUUGGCUUGGCGAAAUUGGGGCCUGCUGGUGGAAAGUCUCAUGUCACAACCAGGGUUAUGGGCACGUAUGGCUAUGCUGCUCCAGAAUAUGUUACAACAGGUCAUCUGUAUGUGAAGAGCGAUGUAUAUGGCUUUGGGGUCAUGCUGCUAGAAAUGUUGACAGGUUUAAGGGCAUUUGAUACAGAGCGCCCCAGAGGAGAGGAAAAUCUGGUUGAUUGGAUGAAGCCAACGCUUUCCGGAAAGAAGUUGAGGAACAUAAUGGAUGCACGGAUUGAGGGGCAAUAUUCAACACAAGCAGCACAACAGGUAGUACAGCUUUCUCGAAAAUGCCUAAACCUAGAUCCUAAACACCGCCCCUCCAUGAAAGAAGUUGUGGAGAUUUUGGAGCACGUUGAAGCAAUGAAUAAAAAACCUAGGAACUCGGUGUUUAUGUAGCACCCCAAACUUGAAGAAAAUUUAAAUUGAAAUUUUACAUAAUCUAUGACACUACACUUUACAAAA